AAGAAAGAGAACAGUGAGAUUGAGAAAAGGGGUGAGUCGGGUCAAGUCGUUGCUGAAGGACCAUUUCUGGUCGACCUUCCGAAACUGCUUCAGUUCACACUGUGAAGUCCUACAUCGCACACUUUUCUAUUCAAUCUUCAACUUCAAGCAUCGACACUGUUGGCACAAUGUUGGGAAAUUUUGGAUUUAGGGUUACGUCUUCUUCGCCUUAGGAAUUGAAGGAUAUUAUUGAUUAUUCUCUAUAGAAUCAUUGGCACACGGUAUAGUUGAAGAUGGUUGAACGAAAGCAGUUCAAGACCAAGUUAUGUGUGCUGUAUCAGAGAGGUCGCUGCACGCGCCAUAAUUGCUCCUUUGCGCAUGGGAGUGCCGAGCUCCGACGAUUCCCUGCUUCAUACAGUGGUGAGUGAGACACUUUAUUAUGUGUUGAUGUUAGUUGAGGGAUGUUUGAUGGGUGGUUGAUGCAUUGGAAGCAAGGCUACUGUGAUGGGUUACUUUGGGGUUUUGAGUAACAGUGCCUUAGACAAGUGCAUGGCUGGUUGGGUAUGGUAAAAAACUUUCACGAGUAAAGGAAGAUGCCUCUUUAUGUUUGAAGGUGUCAAGCUCUUUUAUUUGAGUAGAACUUUAUGACCUAUGAAAUUACAUGGAAAAGAAAGAAAUGAUGGAUGAAUUGGUCUUUCUGCCAUUAGUUACUCAUUAAAUAUCAGAGUUUUUUAAAACUUAAGGUUUUGUUUUGCAAUUUUUGUUGCUUGGAGUCUGCCUUGAAAAUAUAAGGUUUAACUAUAAAGAGUGGAUGGUUAUGCAUUACAGAAAUUUUGAGAAUGUUUAAUACUGCCUCUGAUGUUGUCAUAUCCAUCACCUUAUCAUCAUUUUCCUCCUCUGGUCAUUAUUUUCUUCAUGAUAUAUUAGCAUGGUUUGUAGUAGUUCAUCUAUUUAUAAAUAAUCUUUUUGCCACUAUUUGAUUGACUCUAUCUAUUCCAGCAAUGUGCUAACAUAGUUAUCACACAUAGUGGCCAGCGCCAAAAAUGCUACAGUGGGAUGACAGCUAUUUAGGAAUUUUAUAUACAAAUUAAAUAACUUAUACUAUAUAUGAAUGCUAAAAUAUUUAAAAGAAAAACUAAAAAUCUGUGACAUACUGAAAUAGAUUAUAGACUAUUCUGAAAUAGAAAAGUGUGAGGAAAUAAAUUUGUAAAUUAUUUAGAGACAUGUUUCCACUUUCACAGCAUUCCUGUAAACUAUUUAUUUAUGUCCCAAGCUUGUUUUAUUGACACUGUUAUUCCAUUUGUUUAGCUGAAUACCAUAUUCUUAAGACUCUGAGGGACAUGGAUACUUAACUGAUAGACUGGUCCAUAUGUCCAUUGAUUCUGUGUAAGCAGACAGAAGCUUAAAUAUGCAAUAACAAAUGGCAUGCGGGAUUAAUAUGAGAUUAAUUUAUUCAAUGAUAGGAGAUCUGAUCACAUUAUCUUGUUGAGACUGUUGUAUUUCCAGCAGUAUGGAUAUUUCAUUUUAGAUGAUGGACUCUUCAGAAGGAUUCUGGUGAUUGGUUUAUCUUAAAGGCAAUGCUGGUGUUGUUCAUGAAAUUGUAUUUUAUUGGCUCUGUUUUUUUAUCCUUCAUUCCAUGAAUCUGUGGAACUACAGUAUUUCCUGAGGAUCAUGAUUAGGCUUAUGUGGAUAUGUCUGCUAGCAUCAUAUUCUGAUCAGAAGCAACUAAAGCAAGUUCAGCAAGUUUCCCAAUCAUUUCAUAUAAAAAUUCCACUGCUUGAGUUUAUGGAGCUUAUGCUAUUCCUUUUUGCUGAUUCUUCUGGAUAUGAUAUGGCUACAUGGACAAAGGCAAAAUGGGAUUAUUAGUGUGAAUAUGAUGUCAGGAGAAAUCAAAUCUGAUAGCUAAUGGGUGGCUUUUUAUUUCUUAAGCAUCUUGGAUAUAUCUCUGCAUUUGAGAUUGUAUUUUAAUCUUACUUCUCAACAAGUUGGGGAUGUGAAAUGUUCUUAUUCCAUUGCUACCUUGAUUACACUUCAAAGCAUAAGCUACAUAUGUGGGUUUUACUAUAUCUGUCAUAAUAUGAGGGUGCUAGUUUCUAUCACGUUUUUGCUCUUACAUGGGAGGCACUAUUACUAUUCAAUAUUAUGUUUCUCUUGUUAUUCCUGUUAAUGGGAGGAGAGACUAUUUAGGUGAUGACUUGAGGGACAAACUUGACAGGAGGCAUUUAUCACGUCGAAGGUACUCACCAGCUCGAGAUGCAAGAGGACACCAGACCAUUCGUGACUACAGUCCUUCAAGGUCUUUGGAGAAAAAAAGUGACAGAAGACGUAGGAGAAAACAGGGCAUUACUGGCCAAAGUGAUAUUUCUGAAAAUUUGAGAGUCUCAGAUAGAAUUCGAGAUCGAGUUCAAGAAGGAAAAUUGCUUUCCUCUGGUUCUAGAAAUACACUUGAGGAGCAGCUGAAAAAAGUGUAUUCAGAUAUCAACACUCUUGAGAAUCGAAAAUUCCAGCUAGCGGUCUACCUUGAUGAGAGUGUUCAAGAGGCGGAUAGUCUUAAUUCUAGAAUUCAGGAACUUGAGGCUCAAUUAUGCAGAGAGGAUGAGGAGUGUAAAAGAAUCACUUCAAGGAUAAGGAAAUUUGUUAGAGUGCACAAUCAUAUCUCACUGUUACAAGAUGACUUGAAGAGGUCACAAGUCCGACUUCAAAGGUUCGGAGAUCAGCUUGUCUCAGACAUUUCUAGAGUUGGUGCCAAUGAAGAAGAUUUAAGCAUUGAUAUUGUAAGCAAUGGUGAAAAUACUGGUCUUCCUCCAAUUGUCAAACAUAAUGUGGAACACAAUGAUACAUCUUCCCACAGAAAAAGGCUGCAUGUAGAACGAGAUGCUUUGGAAGAGUUACAACAAGAUAAAUCAAAAGAUGGGCAUUUGGUUGAGACAGCAAGAACUAGGAAGCGUUCUCGCUGGAAUAUAUCUGAUCAAUUGAAUAGCAAGGGUAAUGAGGGCCCACACAGUGGAACUGAAGUUGCUAGACCACUAGAUCUUGUAGGCAAGCACAAGAGAGGAUUGAAGGAAUCUAGGAUUGAAGUUCCAUCAACCAGCAUGGCAGCUCAUGUGGUUGAUGAGGAAGUUGAGAUUGAACUUGACGACAGAACUAAUAUCAAUGAAACUGCAAAUACGGAAAAUGAGAAUGGAGUGGCAAAUAAGGUGAAGGUAGCUCCACUUAUGCUUCCCCUGGCUUUGAUUCCUCGCAGCAAUUAUUCGCAGUACGAGGGUAACGACGAGAAUGUUGAUGUGGAUGGUCUUGACGAAGAUGCAGCAGGGGCACAUGUGGACAUAAUGUAGUUAAUAUCGGCUAUUUCUAACUUUUUCUUUUGGUUUGGUGGCUCGAAGUUAGUUUGUUGAAAGCGUUAAUAACUUGAACAGGAGUAUUUUCAAAUAGAGGGAUAGUAUGCAAAAUAGUAGCACAAGAAACAAAAACAAAAGACUUGCAAGGAUCUAAGGAUACAUUUAUAUUUGUGGAUAUAAAUUUCAUAGCAUUCAUAAAAA